AUGCUGACGAUAAAGCUGCCGCAGAUCUUCAGGGUCCAUCAGGUGCCUCGGAUCUUCUGGGAGGAUGGGAUCAUGUCGGGGUACCGGCACCCCAAGAGCUCAGCCCUUGACUGCGUCCUCAGCUCCUUCCAGAUGACGAACGAGACAGUCAACAUCUGGACACACUUCCUACCGACCUGGUAUUUCGUGUGGCGCUUCCUGGUGCUCUCAUCCUCCCUGGACUUCUGCCAGGAGCCCUACCACUGGCCCCUGCUCAUCUACCUGCUCCUCGUCUGCCUCUACCCCUUCGCCUCCAGCUGCGCCCACACUUUCAGCUCCAUGUCGGCGCGCGCCCGCCACAUCUGCUACUUCUGCGACUAUGGAGCCCUCAGCCUCUACAGCCUGGGCUGUGCGUUCGCCUAUGGUGCCUACGCAAUGCCAGACCACUGGGUCAGCGGCGUUUGGCACCAUUACUUUGUCCCCGCGGCUGCUUUUAACUCCUUUGUCUGCACCGGCCUCUCCUGCUACUCCCGCUUCCCUGAGCUGGAGCGUCCCCGGCUGAGCAAGGUGCUGCGGACGGCGGCUUUCGUGUACCCCUUCCUCUACGACAACAUCCCGCUCUUCUACCGGCUCCUCUGCUGCGCCUGGAGUAACUGCGCCUGGAACGAGGCUGUGGCCGGGUACUGCUACCACCUCCUCUUCGCACUGCUCACCGGCUUCCUCUUCGCAUCCCACCUGCCUGAGCGCCUGGCACCUGGCCGGUUCGACUACAUUGGACACAGCCACCAGCUCUUCCACAUCUGUGCCGUGCUGGGCACCCACUUCCAGCUGGAGGCCAUCCUCUGUGACGUGUGCUCGCGCCGGGCCUGGCUGCGGAGCCGCCUGCCCACCCCCGGCCUCCCCGGUACCUUUGGCACUGCCGGACUGGCCCUUUUGGGCAACGCCGCCAUCAUCGGCGCCUUCACCGCUGCCUUGCCCCAGGCGCCUGGCAGCUCUGCCAGUCCUCCAAGCGUCCCCACCGAGGCUGGGCGCUGUAGGGACCCGUGA